GAGGGAAAAAGGUUUAAUUCAUACCAGCAAGCACCAAGAUUCCAAGUCCUACAGAGAGAGAGAGAGAGAGAGAGAGAUGGGGAGUCAUGGUUAAAAGAAUGAAGUAGUACCAAAUAUCUGUAAAGGGGAAGUAUCAUGUGUUCUAGCGAGCAAAAGGGAGGUCCAGGCUAGAGACAGGAAGAGAGAAUAAUCUCUCUUCUCGAUCUUCCCUUCCUUUUGGUUUGUGACAGCUUUUCUCAAGGGUUUCUUGAAGAGAGCCAGUUUUCCCUAAGGAAAAAAGCCGGUUGAUGAAAAAAUUCAGUUGAUCAAUACUUGGGAAGCAUCGGAAUAACGAAACCGAACUUCUGCAUGGAGAGCUAGUAAUGUUGGGAAGAUGGGAAAGAAAGGUAGCUGGUUUUCUGCAAUCAAAAGGGUCUUCACACCCCACUCAAAGGAGAAACUAGUCAAUGAAUCAGAGAAGAAAUCUUCAAAGAAGGACAAGAAAAAGGGGCAAGCGAAGCAGAGACAUGGAGAGACAAAUUCAUUCAUUCCGUUCUUCAGAGAGCCGAGCAGCAUCGAGAAGAUCCUGGGAGAUGCCGAGAGAGAGCACAAAAUCGUUUAUAGACCUGCCACGCCCCCUCUUCCUGAGCAACCACGGACAUCUUCAGCUUAUGUGGCUCCUCGAGUGGCUUCUCCUCGGGCUCCUUCUCCAAAGGUUGCUUCACCUAAAGCUGCAUCUCCGAGGGCUGCUUCUCCUAGAGUUGCUACUCCAAAACCAGCUUCUCCCAGGAUUCAUCAGAGAGAAAUUAUUAGGCAACGGCCAGAACCGACUUUGCAGAAUCACCAAGCUUCAGCUACCAAGAUUCAAUCAGCAUUUAGAGGCUACAUGGCAAGGAGGAGCUUCAGAGCACUUAGAGGUUUAGUGAGGCUUCAAGGAGUUGUAAGAGGGCAAAAUGUGAAGCGCCAGACGGCGAAUGCCUUGAAGUACAUGCAGCUUCUUGUGCGAGUUCAGUCACAGAUUCAAUCACGGAGAAUUCAGAUGCUAGAGAACCAACUACAUCAUCAGGCUCAGUACAGGAAUGACAAGGAAGUGGAUAGCCAAUUCAGCAAAUGGAGCCAAGCCUCUGAAGCAGGUAAUCACGAUGACUGGGACGAUAGCUUGCUUACGAAAGAGGAAAUUGAGGCGAGGUUGCACAGAAAGGUGGAGGCGCUUAUCAAAAGAGAGAGAGCAAUGGCUUAUGCAUAUUCUCAUCAGCUAUGGAAGAGCACUCCUAAAUCAGCCCAUAUGGCCUCCAUGUCCAUCCCAACAGGGCGAUUCCCUUGGUGGUGGAGUUGGUUGGACCGUCAGUUGCCAUCUUCAAAUCCUGUAGAAAGCCAACCUCUGAACUUUCAACUCACACCCCCCAGGCCAAACACCGACCUGAAGCCGAGCCCAUGGACCCCGCCAAGCAGCAACAAAAUGCAGCUUUUCGGUCUUGACAGCAUCGAAACGCCAAAAUCAUCGAGGUCCGUGGUUGUAAUGCCAUCAAAACAAGCCCGGACCCCACCUUCAAGUCGAAUACCUGCGGGUGGCAGUUCAACUGCAUCAAAGUUUUCGAGAUCAAGGGUCAAUGGAGCCGAAUCUCCAUUCGAUCUGCCAUCAAAGGAUGAUGACAGUCUCACCAGCUGCCCUCCAUUUUCCGUUCCCAGUUAUAUGGCACCCACGGUUUCGGCCAAGGCCAAACUCAGAGGCGGGAGUAAUCCUAGAGAGAGGUUCCCUGUGACUCCAGGCAGCGAUUCAAACAGGCGUAUCUCGUUCCCCCUUGCACAAGGCAUUGGGUCUUUCAAGUGGAACAAAGGCUCUUUGUUCUCUGGAAAGGACUCUGGCUCUCAAAGAGUAUUGGACAAGCACCAGCCAUUGCAUUCGAUCGGGAAUGUGAGCGUGGACUCAACCGUCUCUUUGCCUGCAGGAGUUGGUACUGGAAGGAAGCCAUUUAACAGAUUUGUGUGACCUUUCUUUCUUUGUUUUUUUUCCUCUAAGUUUGGCAUUUAUUCUGAUUGUGCACGGUUUUAUGAAUUACAGAAUGGGAUACUGAAGUAGAAUAAUAAGCAGAAGUGAAAAAAUGAAAAAGGUUUGAGAUUCUUAGUGUGGUUGUAAGGGUAAUUCGAUUGGCAAUGUGAUGGCUACAUUCAAUUGCUUUUU